CAUGAAACCAACUUCAUCUCGCUCACUGGGUUUUAUUUACAAGGAAGGGAAGCUAAGCUACCAGUGGCUACUUUAGCUCAACGUAACGCAACAGCUUACUGUCUUCUUUCAGUGCUUAACAGCCGCCAUGGGGAAGUCGUUUGCUAAUUUUAUGUGUAAAAAGGAUUUUCAUCCUGCUUCGAAGUCGAAUAUUAAAAAGGUAUGGAUGGCCGAACAGAAACUAACAUUCGAGAAGAGGAAGCAGGAAGACCUUAUGCAGGCGUAUUUAAAAGAACAGGACACAUACAAUAACAGGUUGUUGAUGGGAGACGAUCGUGUUAAAAAUGGACUCAAUUUUAUGUACGAAGCUCCUCCUGGAGCAUCCAAAGAGGAAAAGAAAGAGGAAGGAGAAGAAGAGUGCAAAUUUGAAUGGCAGAAGGUGGCUCCUCGAGAGAAGUAUGCGAAAGAUGACAUGAAUAUUAGAGAUCAGCCAUUCGGUAUCCAGGUGCGCAACGUGAGGUGCAUCAAGUGUCACAAGUGGGGCCAUGUGAACACGGACAGAGAGUGCCCGCUGUUCGGACUGUCGGGGAUCAACGCCAGCUCAAUGGCCACAGACGAAACAGCAGGCCCGUCGAUGCACCCCUCCGAGUUAAUGGCUGAGAUGCGGAACAGUGGCUUUGCCCUGAAGAAAUGUGUCCUUGAUAGGAGUUCUACUGUUUGUGAUCCAGCGCAGGAAUAUGUUGCCAGCGAUGAAGAAGAUGAUCCAGAGGUGGAGUUUCUGAAAUCAUUAACCACCAAGCAGAAACAGAAACUGCUCAGAAAACUUGACCGGUUGGACAAAAAGAAGGCCAAGAAGAAGAAGGGCAAAAAACAAAAGAAGAAAAGCAAAAGGAAGCACAAGAAAAAGCAGGAUAGCAGCGACAGCUCGAGCGACUCCUCCAACAGCAGCAGCAGCAGUGACAGCGACUCCGAUUCAGACGGCCACAGCAAGUCCAAGGGCCAAAAGAAGAAGAAGAACAAGAAAGAAGAUUCCCGUCGGGAUAACAGCUCAGAGAGCGAGCGAAGAGUCAAGAGUCAGAGAAAGCCCUCCUCUCACAGAAGCAGGUCACAGAGCCCCCACGCUGGACAGAGGAGGGCUAAAGAGGACUCUGGAGAUUAUAGACAAAGAAGGACAGAAAGGGGAAGGAGCAGGAGUCGCAAUCGCAGCCCCGAGAACAAGAUCAAGCUGGAGGGAGGUCAAGAGAGAAGGAGGAACAACAGCAGAGGCAGGCAGGAAGUCAGCAGCUCUACGGCUGGAUUGGACAGAAGUAGAAGCCGCGAGAGAGGCAGGGAGGACCGGGAUAAAGACAGACGUCACAGUGGAGAUGGUGAGAGGAGCAGAAGAAGCACAGACGGAAACAAAGGCAGAACAGCUGAUAGGAGGAGCAGAAGCAGAGAGAGGAGAGAAGAAAGAGAAGUUCGGGGAAGAACUAGGAGCAGGAGUAGGGAUAGGAGAGAGAGAAGCAGGGAGAGGAUAAAAAGAAAAUAUUAAUUUUUUUUAAUCUAAAAUGUUCUCUUUAUAAUUUUAAUGCAAGAAAAUGCAAGCAUGUUUUCGUUUUUGUGUUGUUUUACAUGAUCGAUAAGAGUUGGAAAUCCUGUAGGAUCUUGGAAUCUUUUUUGUGCACAAACUGCGCGUUAGUCUAGUUUAUCUCCACUAGGGGGAAGCAGUGAACAGAAAAUGUCAACAAGCGCCUCGGUGCGCUCUCAGCCGUGAUUUUAUUAGAGAUGUAUAAACUGUUUAUCAUUGGAAACAAUUUUGUUCGUGGAAUUGAAUUUAAUAUUUAUCAACAGUCUUCAUGAAAAACAACUUUCUGUGAUUUAUUCUCCAUCUGUGGUCGUUUUUUUUUUUUUUCUUUUACGCAUCAAUGCAGCAUAGAAGCCUGUUAAUUCCUUUCAAAUAAAUGAUACAUUUAACGUGGAA